AUGAUCGUCUCCGUCCAAGUGAUGUUGACCGCAUUUACCUGGGCGCUAGUGGACGCCGGCACCAUGAACCUGUCGCCUUGCUCGCCAUCUGUCCACGGGGACAUCGCGAUCCGCAAUUCCGUCGGCGGCUGCGAGUACCGCAAGAGAUCCGUCGUUCGGUGUCAGCACUCGAAGGCAGGAUGGACACAGAACUCGGAGGUACCGAUAACACGUCCCUUGGGAUGGUCGCGUCUGCGGUGGACAACGUCGACGUCAGCGUUGUCGUCAGACUUUUCUCGGGCCACGCCUCCGUACACAGUCAAGGCCAGUUCCGCCGCCACCACCACCACCAAGCCGCGUCGUCACCGUGCGUCCGUCAUUGUGGCCCGUUCCGUCAUGGCCACUCGUCCUAACGACGAUCUGGCCCGAGUGGUCGUUAAUCUACCCGGGUUUAAUAUGCAGAUGCAGCUACGGUCACAGCCGACGCUACCGCCGUCAACUACUCGUAUUUGUCCGUGCACCACCUGCACCAUUCGGGUGGAAACGCGAAGACCGUGGAGUUCGACCACUGAAACACAUACGCAGCCGCCAACCAUUACUCCCUCUACCUGCACCACCACCACUUGUGCUCAGUCAACGAGCACCACCAGCACGUGUGCACCAUCGACGAGCACCACCACCAUAUGUUCUUCGACCACGUGUACCACCACCACUUCUGAUCCACCGACAUGCGCGACCACAUGCACUAGGAUAAGAACAACUGCAUCACCAACACCACCAAAUACUUUACCGAACGGCCGUUCAAAUCUUUCGGGGACUUGGCUGUUGCCAAUACAGAACACCCGGAUGUCACCGACACGGAGCAGCACUCAGCCGUCGUUGUCAAAUUAG